CUCGUUCUCCUGAACAUUUCUUCGUCACGCAAAAGCCUGAAGGUGAAAAGAGAGCGACGGCGACAGUCUGAUUUUCCGGCGAUUUCUUCUUUGUGUGUUGUCGGAGCUCCGAUCUCGGAAUAUCCGGUUUUGAGUUGGAUCAGAUGUCGAAUCCAUGGCGAGGGAUCGGCGCUUGGGCCGAUGAGGCGGAGCGUGCGGAUGAAGAACGCGCCGCCGAAGGUACGGCCACUGUUGCGGCGGUGGAAUCGCAGAGUUUCCCGAGCCUGAAGGAAGCUGCGAGUGCCAAGUCUAAGAAGAAAAAGAAGAUGACGCUGUCGGAGUUCAGAACGGGCGCACUAUGUGCGCCCGGCGGCGGAAGUGCGACGGUGGGACUGACGCCGGAGGAGAUGUGUCAGCUACCGACUGGUCCACGGCAACGCUCCCAGGAGGAAAUGCAAACGGGUCGUCUCGGCGGCGGAUUCUCCUCGUACGGUCGGUCUGGUGGGCCUCCCGGACGGAUGAUGGGAGAUCGGGAUGAUUCAGAUGGGUCGUGGGGCGGUGGCAGGAGACCGUACGGCGGAUUCGACGAUGAACGGAGGGGACCAUCGACUAGGGUUUCGGAUUUCGCUCAGCCAUCGAGGGCUGACGAGGUCGAUGACUGGGGAAAAGCGAAGAAAUCGCUUCCUUCUUUCGAUCAAGGACGCCAGGGUCGCUACGGCGGUCUCGGAGGCGGCGGCGGCGGCGGUGGCGGUGGCGGUGGCGGUGGCGGUGGAUUCUCCAAGGCUGAUGAGGUCGAUAAUUGGGCGGCGGGAAAGAGGCAGCCUCCCGCGAGUUCAUCUACAUUUGGCUCGGGUUUCCGUGACUCGGGUCCCGAGCCCGACCGGUGGACCCGAGGAGUCGCCAGUGUGGGUGUUCAGGCGGAGCGUCCCCGUUUGGCUUUGGAUCCACGAAAAGCUGAUUCAGGGGUGUCCGAAACUGAAAUUGUGAAGACGAAUAAACCGAGCCCAUUCGGUGCAGCUAGACCAAGAGAGGAAGUGUUGGCGGAGAAGGGCAUGGACUGGAAGAAGCUUGACUCAGAAAUUGAGGCGAAGAAAGGAAGCUUUCAGACAAGCAGGCCGACAAGUGCGCAUUCAAGCAGGCCAUCAAGUGCUCAAUCUAACAGGUCUGGAGGUUCAGCAUUGAACAGCGUAGAGAAUGUGGUGAAACCGAGACCCAAGGUGAAUCCUUUUGGUGAUGCAAAGCCUAGGGAAGUGUUGCUUGAGGAACGAGGACAGGAUUGGCGCAAGAUUGAUUCCGAGCUCGAGCAUCGCAGGGUUGACAGGCCUGAGACAGAAGAAGAGAAAAUGUUGAAGGAAGAGAUCGAAGAAUUAAAGAAGCAACUUGAGAAGGAACCGGAAGCACUAUCCAGCAAGGAUUCUGAACAAGAACCUGAAAGUAAUCACAGUAGGUUGCCGGAAAUUAUAAGUCAGAAAGAAAAAGAUCUGGAAACUCUUACCCGUGAGUUGGACGGUAAGGUCAGGUUCAGGCAGAAAGCAGUGGAGAGACCUGGCUCCAAUGCAGGCAGAACGGCUAAUUUUUCAGAAAGAUCGCAUUCCCACUCCGAAUCAUUCGAUGAGUCUAGGAGUGUUGAUUCUAUGGAUAGGCCAAGAUCACGUGGUGCAGUUGAUGCGUGGGUAAAGUCUGUUGAUGACAGAAGAAACGCCCAAGGAGGAGGAAGCAAGGAGCGUGGAUUCUUCAGCAACAGAAACUUUGACAGGCCAUCGUCCAGGGAGAGAUGGUAAGAGAGGAGAAAGAACCCCAGCAAGAUUUUCCAAGGGAAGAGUAGAAGCUUAUUAAUAAGAACGUGUCUCUUCAUAAACCCAAAUUUUCUUUUUUAUUUUUUGUUUUGGAGCCUCACCAUAUGUCUGUUGGUCACAGCAGCCGCAAGACUUUAGGGGACGAUGGAUGUCUUCGAAAUCAGAAGAAAAAACUCUUUUUUAUUUUUUCUGUGAUAAACUCUAUUUGAUUUGUCUCCAUACCCUUUUGUUUGUAUAUCUGAAUGGUUUUUUUUUAUUCUUCUCGUUUUUUUUUUUGUUUGUGGUUCAACUUUUUGAAUGGGCUUUGGAAAGAGACCGUUAUAAUU